AUGGCACACAGAAAUGAAACGAUUCUUAAAGAAUUUAUUUUACAAGGGUUUUCAGUCCCCAAUAAAGGAAGAUUCUGCCUUUUCCUUCUUGUCUUAACAAUUUAUGUGGUUACAAUAACAAACAACAUCUUUAUUAUUGUCAUUGUCAAAAAUGAGCGACGUCUUCACAAGCCCAUGUACUUCUUCAUCUGUGGUCUCUCCUUUUUAGAGAUCUGGUAUCCAUCGGUCACGGUUCCAAGACUAUUAUGGACCCUGCUGACCAAAGUAGCAUCUAUUUCUAUUGUUGGUUGCCUGAUCCAGUAUUAUUUUCAUUUUGCAUUUGGAACGAUAGAAAAUUUUUACUUAGCGAUCAUGGCCUAUGACCGAUAUGUGGCUGUCUGCCACCCCCUGAGAUAUCUACUUAUUUUGAGGCCUCAAGUUUGCCUAACAUUACUAUUGGUCUCCUGGAUAUCUGGUUGUAUCAUUACUGCUAGCUCGGUUCUACAGAUCUCUAGUCUUUCAUUUUGUGCUCAUGGAUUCAUUGAUAGCUAUUACUGUGACUUUGCUCCAUUGAUCAGAUUGUCCUGUUCAGAGACGAGCAGCAUUGAGAAACAAUUUUUUGCUUUGGCUAGCCUUGUAAUGUUUGGCUGUUUUUUUACAAUCAUGGUGUCAUAUGCCUGUAUUAUCAGAACCACCAUGGCUUUCCCAACUUCUUCCGGAAGGCGUAAAACUUUUUCUACUUGUGCAUCUCAUCUUAUUGUAGUUCUUCUCUUUUAUGGCACCACUAUGUUCAUGUUUGUCCGGACCACGGCAGGAGACUUCAUAUACGUGAAUAAGAUCAUUUCUGUGGUUCCAUCUAUAGUGACUCCACUUCUAAAUCCUCUUAUCUACACCCUACGGAAUAAAGAAGUAAAGGACGCCACAAAGAAACUAAUUCAAGUAAUAAAGAGGUAG